GAAAUGUCAUCAGUGGAAUCACACCAGAAACAGUUGAUGUCAGAUCCAUCCCCAUCACCAAACUCAUGUAGUUCCUUUGAGCUGAUAGACAUGGAUGCUGGCAGUUUGUAUGAACCAGUUUCUCCUCAUUGGUUUUAUUGUAAAGUAAUAGAUUCUAAGGAGACAUGGAUUCCUUUCAACUCUGAGGAUUCACAGCAGCUGGAAGAAGCAUAUAGCUCUGGAAAAGAUUGUAAUGGGAAAGUUGUCCCCACCGAUGGGGGCCGGUAUGACGUUCAUUUGGGGGAGAGGAUGCGGUUUGCUGUGUAUUGGGAUGAGCAAGCAUCAGAAGUGAGACGAUGUACCUGGUUUUACAAGGGAGACAAAGAUAAUAAGUAUGUUCCCUAUUCAGAGAGCUUCAGCCAAGUAUUAGAGGAAACUUACAUGCUUGCUGUAACUCAGGAUGACUGGAAAAAGAAACUGGAGUCUCCCAACAGAGAAAUUAUUGUAUUACACAAUCCAAAGCUUAUGGUGCAUUACCAGCCAGUUGCAGGGUCUGAUGAAUGGGGUUCCACACCCACUGAGCAGGGUCGACCAAGAACAGUGAAGAGAGGGGUUGAGAACAUCUCUGUUGACAUUCAUUGUGGGGAACCUUUACAAAUAGACCAUUUGGUUUUUGUAGUCCAUGGGAUUGGACCAGCUUGUGAUCUCCGCUUUCGAAGCAUUGUACAAUGUGUUAAUGAUUUUCGCAGUGUUUCCUUAAACCUGCUACAAACGCAUUUUAAGAAAGCCCAAGAAAAUCAGCAGAUUGGGAGGAUAGAAUUUCUUCCAGUCAACUGGCACAGUCCUUUGCAUUCUACUGGUGUGGAUGUAGAUCUACAGAGAAUAACCCUGCCCAGCAUUAAUCGCCUAAGGCACUUCACCAAUGACACAAUUCUGGAUGUCUUCUUCUACAAUAGCCCCACCUACUGUCAGACUAUUGUGGACACAGUUGCUUCUGAAAUGAACCGAAUAUAUACACUUUUUCUGCAGAGAAACCCUGAUUUCAAAGGGGGUGUAUCCAUUGCUGGUCAUAGUUUAGGUUCGCUUAUAUUGUUUGAUAUCCUAACAAAUCAGAAAGAUUCUUUGGGGGAUAUUGACAGUAAAAAGGAUUCGCCAAAUAUGGAUCAAGGAGACACACCGACAAUAGAGGAAGAUCUGAAGAAACUUCAACUCUCUGAAUUCUUUAGUAUCUUUGAGAAGGAGAAAAUAGAUAAAAAAGCUCUGGCUUUAUGUACAGACAAAGAUCUUCAGGAAAUUGGAAUUCCCUUAGGACCAAGAAAGAAGAUAUUAAAUUACUUUAGCACCAGAGAAAAUUCAGUGGGCAUUAAUACAUCAGCUCCACAAUCAGCUUCAGGGUUGAAUAUGUCUAAUAUCCCCAAAGAAUCUGAGUUCUGCAGUAGUGCUGAUGGUACUGGAAAUGACUAUCUGGAUGUUGGCAUUGGACAGGUAUCCGUAAAAUACCCUCGACUCAUCUAUAAACCAGAAAUAUUCUUUGCCUUUGGAUCUCCCAUUGGAAUGUUUCUUACCGUCCGAGGACUAAAAAGAAUUGAUCCCAACUAUAAAUUUCCAACAUGCAAAGGUUUCUUCAAUAUUUAUCACCCUUUUGAUCCUGUGGCCUAUAGGAUUGAACCAAUGGUGGUCCCAGGAGUGGAAUUUGAGCCAAUGCUGAUCCCACAUCAUAAAGGCAGGAAGCGGAUGCACUUAGAACUGAGAGAGGGCUUGACCAGGAUGAGUAUGGACCUUAAGAACAACUUGCUAGGUUCACUGCGGAUGGCCUGGAAGUCUUUCACCAGAACUCCAGACCCUGUCUUACAAACUUCUGAAACUACAGAAGAAACUGAAGCAGAACCUGUGUCAAGUUCAGAGAAGCCUAGUGAUGUUAACACAGAAGAGACCUCUGAGGCAGUUAAAGAAGAAGUCCCCCCCAUCAAUGUGGGAAUGCUGAAUGGAGGCCAACGCAUUGACUAUGUGCUACAGGAGAAGCCCAUUGAGAGUUUCAAUGAGUAUUUAUUUGCUUUACAAAGCCAUCUAUGCUACUGGGAGUCUGAAGAUACAGUAUUGCUGGUCCUCAAAGAAAUCUAUCAAACCCAGGGUAUCUUCCUUGAUCAGCCUUUACAAUAAAAAUGAAUCUUCUAUGGCUGCCUAAUAUGGACAUUGAGGGGUCCUUCAACAGAAAAUCCACCUGUUUGUUGCUGCAGUUUUCCUCUCCUCAGCUGCAUCAUUUCUUGCAUGUUGCCUGUCACUCACCAUUGGGGGCUUUGGAAGAUAAUGUUCCAUUUUGGAAGUGAGUGGAAAAGUAAAGGAAAGACACCCUAUUAUUUUUUACCACUGGCUUCAUAUAAAUACUUGCCAUUCUUUCUUUAUAGCUGGGGGUGGUUUGCGUCCUUAAUUCUUUGAUGACAUUAUAUAGGUACCAGACUUUAUUGCCUAUCACGUGAGAUGGUAGUAAAUCUGCUUUGAGUUUGAUUUGUUUUGGGUUGGUAAAAAUUUUUCUAGGAAAUGUUUUAGUUUGGAAGCACACUGUUGAAAUUCAGCAGGUAAUUGGGGUACAUUCUUCUCUCACUAGUGUUCUCUGCAUUGAAGGCUACGUCUAAAUGGAUAUGGAAAAGACUGUUGGGCAGUCAAAUUCUGUUGAGCUAUCUUUUCUUUUCUAUGAAUUCUGUAUGAAGACAGACUAAAAUGUAACUUGAAGAAAUUAUUACUUACUCUCUACAGCUGAGUGACAGGUUUAUUGUUAGGAAUCACUGAUGCUAUGCUGUUCAUUGUUUUUCCAGCUGUUUGGAUUCCUCUGAGAGUCUAAAGUGGACAAUUUAGUUCACAUUUGGUGCACCUUUAUAAAGCAAAGAUGUUAUAUAUCUA